CCGGCGAGCGGCUCUCCUUACAGCUGUCUGCAUAAAAUUAGACCUUCCUGCAGUCACCCUGUCUACCCCAGAAAAAGGUCAGAAAAUCCUGGAGGAGAUGGAUCAGGAAGGCCGGUCCAGGCUCCGCUUUGGAAGUUGUUCGAGCUGCAAGGAGGCGGUGAACAUGGCAGAAGGAGCCUGUCAGGCCAUGGGACAGGUGUUCCACAUCAGGUGCUUCACCUGCGCCGUCUGCAAUAAACAGCUCAGUGGAAAGCCCUUUUUUACCAUGUCAAACCUAAUUUAUUGCGAAGAGGAUUUUUUGUUCUCCGAGGUCCAUCCAUCUCCAGAGGUGUGCAACACUUGUGGAUGUACAGUCACUGACUUGGUCCUGCAAGCUUGUGGGAGGUCGUACCACCCGUCCUGUUUCCGCUGUGUGGUCUGCAGCAAGGAGCUGCAGGGUCAGGCGUUUGCAGCCGACUCCAGCUCCAGGGUCUACUGCAUCAGUGACUACCACAGGGUCCAGGCUCCUCGCUGUGCCGCCUGCCAUUUGGCCAUCGUCCCCACAGAAGGGUCCACAGAGUCCAUUCGAGUGGCUUCAUCAAACAAAUAUUUCCACGUAGAAUGCUUCGGUGGAGAGGUCAACCUCAUUUAAACAAUCUACGUUUUGCCCCCCAAUAAAUUCACGGAAUAUCUGGCUUGAUCCUUUAUCUGAGAUUUUUAUAUGAGAGAAAAAAAUAUGAAUCAAUAUUAAAUCAGACGUCGUCUCAUGUUUCUAUGGUCUCCUGAAAAUCCCCUCCCCUUCUCGCAUAAACUGAGUCUGUGUGCAAUCAUCUCAAGAUGGAGCAGAUGAACCUCUGCUCUACCUCUUUUUUCAUCUGCAUUUCCUCCACAAAAGCUUCACAAACUGUGAGGACAAACCUUGAAGAAGACCCAAGCUGACACCAGAACACGUUUAUGAUCAGCUGGACAGCUACUUGAAUUACACCUACUUCCCGUUUCACGUGAAAUUGUUCAGGUAAAAACACAGAUGUGGCCUAAAAUAACCAAUGUCUCCCACAGUGAUCAACCUACACAUGGAAAAAAUGGAAAUCAAUCUAGAUGCGGUUCCUUGGAGAUGCACCAACACUGGAUCCGACAUAUGGAUGUCACAUGGGUCAAAACCCAGGAAGUGGAAGAAAUUACCUCCCACAUCCAUCCAGUGGACAGAAACAUCAGGUUCACUGACAAAGACAUGAGUUUAUCCUUGUUGUAAAUAUCAUAUUAAAGACCAUAAAAACUG